AAGAAAUUGUUUAGAGAAAAACAAAGAAGAUAACAGACUUUAGAGAGAGAAAGCUGUGAGCUCUAGAGAGAGAGACUGGAUAUGUAUUGUUGUAGACAUACAAUUUUCUAGAGGAAACCAACAGGAAAAAGAAGGCUUUGGAGAUAUUCAGAUGGCGACACCGCUACCGGAAUUGCAGAGAGGGGAUGGGGUCAUGAUGCCGACGAAUUCUGCUGCGGCGACCAAGGUCGAGACCAAGGCGGCGCGUUUGGAAAUCAACGGGGAAGUGGCGAAAUUCCCGAUUAUGUUGUUCCUUUUCUUCCACAAGGCGAUUCGGAACGAACUCGAUGCACUUCAUCGAUUGGCCAUGGCCUUCGCCACCGGCCAUCACAUUGAUAUUCGCCCUCUCUUCGACCGCUACCGUCUUUUGCGAUCCAUUUACAAGCAUCACUCCAAUGCAGAAGACGAGGUUAUCUUCCCUGCGCUUGAUAUACGUGUGAAGAAUGUGGCACACACAUACUCACUAGAACACAAGGGUGAAAGCAGUCUCUUUGAUCAUUUAUUUGAGCUGUUGAAUGCUUAUAUGCAAGACGAUGAAAAUUUCCCGAGGGAGUUGGCAUCUUGUACAGGAGCUCUUCAGACGACUAUUAGUCAGCAUAUGGCGAAGGAAGAGGAGCAGGUCUUCCCCUUGCUUAUUGAGAAGUUCUCGCCUGAAGAGCAGGCUUCUCUGAUCUGGCAGUUUUUGUGCAGCAUUCCUGUAAAUAUGAUGGCUGACUUUCUUCCAUGGCUUUCAUCCUCUUUAUCAUCUGGUGAAAAUCAGAAUAUGAAGAAGUUCUUGAGAAAGAUAGUCCCGGAUGAAAAGCUUCUUCAACAGGUUAUUUUCACGUGGAUGAACGGGAGGAAUAGCAUUAAUGCAGUGAGAAAUUGUGCAGAUGGUUCUGAGGCUCAGUAUGAUAUUGAUAAGUAUUCUACUGCAGGCACAUUAACACAGCAAACUAAUGGAGUAAAGUGUGCAUGCGAGUCUUCCAGAACUGGGAAGAGGAAAUAUUUAGAGCCAAAUGAUGAAGUUUAUGGUAACCAGGGAACACAUCCAAUAAAUGAGAUAUUGCUAUGGCAUAAUGCAAUUAAAAGGGAGUUAACUGAGAUAGCUGAAGAAGCUAGGAGGAUUCAAAUUUCUGGAAAUUUUACUAACUUGUCAGCUUUUGACGAGCGGCUGCAAUUCAUUGCAGAAGUCUGCAUAUUUCACUGUAUUGCUGAAGACAAGAUCAUAUUCCCUGUGGUAGAUGGAGAGCUCUCUUUUUCUCAAGAGCAUGCUGAAGAAGAGAGUCAAUUUAAUGAAUUUAGGUGCUUGAUUGAAAGUAUUCAAAGUGCUGGAGCUAACUCUAAUUCAGCUGCUGAAUUUUAUGCAAAACUAUGUUCUCACGCUGAUCAGAUAAUGGAAACCAUACAGAAGCACUUCUGCAAUGAGGAAGUACAGGUUCUUCCACUAGCCCAGAAGCACUUUAGCUUUAAAAGACAGCAGGAACUUAUGUAUCAGAGCUUGUGUGUGAUGCCUUUGAAAUUAAUUGAGCGUGUCUUACCAUGGCUGAUGGGCUCAUGCACAGAGGAGGAAGCUAGGAAUUUUCUCAAAAACAUGCAAUCGGCAGCUCCUGCAACAGACAAUGCUCUGGUGACACUUUUUACCGGUUGGGCUUGUAAAGGUCGUAACCAAGGGUUAUGCUUGUCUUCAAGUUCCAUUGGCUGCUGUUCUCUUAAAAGGUUCACAGACAUUGAAGAGGAUUUAACUGGUUCCUGCUGUGCAUGUGCUUCUGCAUUAUGUACUAAAGAUGACUUGAUAUCAGUUCACAAUGACGAAAUCGAAAGACCAGUCAGACGAAAUAUCUCAUUGUCCCCUGAAAACAUUGAUGCCCCUGGCCCCUCUGAAUUUAUGGAUGCCUGUAAACCAUCUUCAAGUGAUCGCUCUUGUUGUGUCCCAGGUUUAGGUGUAAAUAGCAAUAAUCUGGGUCUUACUUCUCUUUCCACAGUCAAGUCUUUACGCUCCUUGUCCUUCAGCGCUUCUGCUCCUGCUCUUAACUCGAGUCUUUUUAACUGGGAAGCAGACAUCAGUUCUUCUGAUAAGGGAUGUGCGGCGCGGCCUAUUGAUACAAUAUUUAAAUUUCACAAAGCUAUACUCAAAGACUUGGAGUAUCUGGAUGUCGAGUCUGGAAAACUCAACGACUGUGAUGAGACAUUUCUUCGGCAGUUCAUUGGAAGAUUCCGUUUGUUAUGGGGCUUAUACAGAGCUCAUAGCAAUGCCGAGGAUGAUAUAGUCUUUCCAGCAUUAGAAUCUAAGGAGACACUUCAUAAUGUCAGUCAUUCGUACACGUUGGAUCAUAAGCAGGAGGAAAAAUUAUUCGAGGAUAUCUCAUUUGUGCUUUCUGAGCUUUCACGCCUUCAUGAAAGGUUGCAAGCUGCCCAUGUGAUUGAGGAUUCUUUAGGAAGUAGCACUGUGUCUUCUGCUGUCCUUGAGCAUGAUUUUACAGGAAAGUACAGCGAGCUAGCUACUAAGCUUCAAGGGAUGUGCAAGUCUGUUAGAGUGACUCUAGAUCAACAUAUUUUCAGGGAAGAACUUGAGCUGUGGCCUUUAUUUGGUAGAUAUUUUUCCGUGGAGGAGCAAGACAAAUUAGUUGGCCAUAUAAUUGGGACUACGGGUGCUGAAGUGCUUCAAUCUAUGUUACCUUGGGUAACAGCUGCUCUGACACGGGAGGAGCAAAAUAAAAUGAUGGAUACGUGGAAACAGGCAACCAAAAACACAAUGUUCAAUGAAUGGCUUAACGAAUGCUGGAAAGAAUCUCCUGGACCCCCUCUACAGAAUGAAACACCUGAAGCUAGCAUUUCUCAGAAAGACCCUGAUGUUCAAGAAAGCUUGGACCCAAGUGAUCAGAUGUUUAAACCUGGGUGGAAUGACAUUUUCCGUAUGAAUCAAAAUGAACUUGAGUCUGAGAUACGAAAAGUUUAUAGGGAUUCAACUCUUGAUCCAAGAAGAAAAGCAUAUCUUGUGCAAAAUCUCAUGACAAGUCGUUGGAUAGCUGCUCAGCAAAAGUUACCUCAGGCAUCAGCAGGGGCAACAUCCAAUGGUGAAGAUGUGCUUUGGUGCUCACCAUCAUUUCGAGAUCCAGAGAAACAAAUAUUUGGGUGUGAGCACUACAAAAGGAACUGCAAGCUUCGUGCUGCUUGCUGUGGCAAGUUGUUCCCUUGCAGGUUCUGUCAUGACAAAGUGAGCGACCACUCAAUGGACAGAAAAGCAACAUCAGAAAUGAUGUGCAUGCGCUGCCUGAAGAUUCAGGCUGUGGGACCAAACUGCACGACUCCAACAUGUGAUGGACUUUCAAUGGCAAAGUACUAUUGUAACAUAUGCAAAUUUUUUGAUGAUGAAAGGGCUGUAUAUCAUUGCCCAUUUUGCAAUUUAUGCCGUGUUGGGAAGGGUCUUGGCAUUGAUUACUUCCAUUGCAUGACCUGCAAUUGUUGUUUGGGGAUUAAGUUGGUGAACCACAAGUGUCUGGAGAAAGGGUUAGAAACAAACUGUCCCAUUUGCUGUGAUUUCCUGUUCACGUCAAGUGCAACAGUCAGAGCUCUACCUUGUGGCCAUUACAUGCAUUCAGCUUGCUUUCAGGCCUAUGCUUGCAGUCACUACACCUGCCCAAUUUGCAGCAAAUCCAUGGGAGAUAUGGCAGUUUAUUUUGGUAUGCUUGAUGCUUUGUUGGCCGCGGAGGAGCUUCCCGAGGAAUAUAGAGAUCGUUGUCAGGACAUACUCUGCAAUGAUUGUGAUCGAAAGGGCGUCUCACGCUUCCACUGGUUAUAUCAUAAGUGUGGAUUCUGUGGAUCAUACAACACCCGAGUGAUCAAGAGCGAGGCAGCAAAUCCGAACUGCCCUACAUCACAUUAAGCAGGGAUUUCUUUUCUCCGGCAAUUACACACAACUUUUUUUUUUGUAUGUAUACAAGUGUAUAGUGAGGCAAUUCAAUUUUCCCUUGAACUAGGCUGCUGGCAGUUCUUAAACGUGUUACACAAUGAUUAAUUUCUGCUAUAGCUCUUUGAAGUUUUUGCAAUUUUUUUUACUUAUAUAAUCGGGACGAAGAUGGCAACGAUUGAGCAUCCAAGCCCGGUGAUUUAUAGAACUGCUGCUUCCCAUGACUGCACAUAGAAUCUGGUCCUGGUGCAUUAGGUUUUCUGUUUGUUUCAAAGCAGUUGUGAAAAUCUUACAUGAUUAUGAGGAAAUAUGUCCAUGAGAUUGAGUCUU